GAAAUUUAAAAUGUUGUUCCAAAAAAAUAGUAAAUACAUAUUUACUUGUACAUUUUUAUAAAUUUUUUUUUUUUGACUAAGCUUGUUGAACGAAUUAAUUAUUAAUUUAUUGUGGCUUUCUUUUAAUUCAAACUUAAGUAAACAUGAGUAGAUACAAAUCUCCAUUAACUUUUAAACAAAAGCCAUCGGUUAUAGAAGGUAUUACACAAAUCAAAGUUAAAGAAGAUGAGUUGUCUCAAAUAGAAAGUAAUACAACAGCCAAUAGUCCGAACAUUAGUUGGACAAGUGAUACUACGAGUCAAGCAUUAGCAUCACCCGUAAAUCAACAAUGGCGAGGACGUGGUUUUAGUUCUCCAAGAUUUAAUGGUCCUCGACCAAGAGGUUCGCCAUACCAUUGGAGUCCUAAUAAUCAGAAUAACAGUUGGAUUUCAGAUCAUAAUAAUUCAGAUUUGAACUUGUCAUCUGGACAAAAUAACUUUAGUCCAUAUAACUCGCAGUAUAACCGACAUCAAAAUCAAAUGACAGAAAGAUUUUCAAAUCAUGGUAAUGAAAAUGAAGAUGACAGUUAUUACGAUCCGUCUAUGAUAGAAGAUCCUUGGGAACCGGAAUUAAAUGACUUAAGAAAUAAUAGUUAUGUAAAUAAUAAUCAAAUUAACAAUGACUAAUAUAUACUUAAUAUAAAUAUUAAGUUUGGGA